AUGUACCCUAGAAGUGUUACUCGCUAAGCAAUGUUGAGGCAAAUAGACUCACUCAAUUUGUAAAUUGAACAAGGCAGAUAGAACCACGAAAUUGCAAUGAAAUAAAUUAGGGCAGAUUAAUUAAAAGAGGUAAGUAUGCUCACAUUUCAUAGAUGGAAGCUAUUUAAGAUGAAAUUAAAAGGUAUAAAGAGAUUAUGUCUGAUGGACAGUUUCAGUCUUACUUCAAGAUGAAGAACGAUAAUACAAAAUUAGUUUCAGAGAAUGCAAUGCUAAGAAACAUGCUUAAAGCUGGGUAAAUCGCAAAUUCUACUAAGGAAAUCGAAGUAUCACGACUCAAAUAGAAAUUGAGGAAAAUAGAAGGUAAAUCAUUGGAAGUUAGAAAGGAGUCGAGUAAUUAUGUAUGUUAUCAGAAUAUAUUAUUAAGUCUAGAUAAAAUGAAUAUUCAACUUUAAGAAAAUGCUUAAAUUAGAGACAUCCCACUUAACCAUCAUUGGAUGAAUCUAAUAUAGAACCACUACCUAAAAUAUAGUCUAUCAAAUUCAAACUUAACUAAUGA